GCGCAGCCAGCUAGCCGGGGAAAUCCCGAGCGAUGACAUACCGUGAGGCGGCAUUUUCUUACUCCUCACACUGAACUGAGGUCUGAAAGAAAGGUCUCCGAAUUUAUUUCAUCAGAAGAAGUCAAAGUUUGAAGAGUCAAAAUGGAGCCGGCAGACAGGAAGACCAUCAAGCGGAACAUGGUGGUGCUGUCAAGUGAUAUGGACUUCAAAAGUGUGUCAGUUGCCCUGCUUGCCCGGGAUAUCUUUGAAAAACAUCACAUUCAGCGAUAUGAGUCUAAGCCGACUGAGAGAGACCAAAAUCUGGCACUCCUGAUGGACAUAGAUACAAGAGGUCCCAGGGCAUUCGUCAGCCUGAUUGAGGCCUUGGUCGAGGCAAACCAAAUAAAUUUGGCCCAGAAGCUAGGGUACCCAGCAAGAGGAAAUGCACAAGGUCAGAUGGGCCAGGCACAGGCUUCAACACCCCAUCACAAUCUACCUGGUCCCUUUGGUCAACCUACCCAGCAGCAGGCACCUCAAGCUUGGCCUCCCCGAGACAGCUCUGGUGACUACAGCACAACUCAAAUGGAUGCUUUAUCCUCUUAUCCACAAUCUAUGGUGGAUAAUGAUAAUGUUUACAAAAUGAAAUCCAGACCGAGAGGGAUAGCGCUCAUCAUAAACAACAAAACAUUUAGAACUAUGAAGAAGAGAUCAGGAACUGACGUAGAUAGUCGUAAUUUACAGAAUGUCUUCAAGCAGCUGGGAUUCAAUGUAGUUGUACACAAUGACCUCAAAGGACGGGAGAUUCAAGGAAUGAUUGAUCAACUGAGGAGACACAACCACACCGGGUUUGACUGUUUCAUCUUUGCCAUACUCACCCAUGGGAUAGAGGGCGCUAUUUAUGGGACUGACGAGUACCUUGUGAAGAUCGAAGACAUCGUGGGUCAGUUUAGUUCAGAUCGUUGCCCAACGUUGAAUGGAAAGCCCAAGUUGUUCUUCUUACAAGCGUGUCGAGGAGAGAGAUUUGAUGAUGGUGUAGAAGCAACCGAUGGAAAAGCUGUACCUGCAUCUGCUAAUGCUGGUGCAGGGGAUAACAAUCGAGCCACAGCACAUGUUGACUCGCAGGUGGAUGAUGAAACCCUCGCCAACCUGAUGAUCAAAAUGGAGCUAGAUCACACCGAUAGCUUCGCAUCAAGUCGAAGUAAGGUCCCGAGUCAGAGCGACAUGCUACUUGCAUAUGCAACCGUGCCAGGAUUCGUGUCAUGGAGAAAUUCCGAGAGAGGGAGCUGGUUCAUUCAAGCAUUGACAGAGGUUUUCAUGCAGCACGCCAGAGACGAAGAUCUCCUAUCGAUGAUCACCAUGAUCAAUGGUAAAGUAGCAAGAGCCUUCGAGUCUUCCUCUGGUAGACAUAAGCAGAUGCCAGCCCCUGUCGUCAUGCUAACCAAGAAGCUUUAUUUCUGGCCAGGCCAUUUUGAGUAAAGCCCUGCUCACUCCAUGGAAUAAUCUGCCUCAAAAACUCUGUGAAUUAGGAGCUGUGUGGCAUUAUGAGUAUGACCCUGUUCACACAUGUUAUGAUAAACUGGUUCAAAGCCAAAGUGAAUGGGUAGUUUAUAGCAUUUUGAGUAAUGCCCUGUUCACAUAAUAUGUGAUAAACUGACUCAAAACCAAUGUGGACAGGCAAUGAAUGGGCAGUUUUAUUGCUUUAUGAGUAGUGCCAGGUUCACAUGAGAUGUGACAAGCUGGCUCAAAUAUUGUGUGUGAAUGGCAAUAGAUGGUGAGUUUUUUUGGCAGGGAACAGCCUUGGAAUAUUUAGCAUUGCACAGCAAUGUCCCACAUUUGUAUUGUUUGACCCAUGAAUUUUAUAAUGCAGCAUUAUGACUUACCUUCUACUUUUGUAUUGUUAAAUUGAUUAGAGAUCCAUAUGUUAUACAGAUAGAGGAUUUCGCUAAGUGGUUAUAAUAUCCCUAAAGAGGAUGAAAUACUCUGUUAUAUGGUUUCUUUCUUUUAAAUCUUUACCAAGCGCUUUACAUUUAUAUGGGUUGGUUAAAGCCUUUUAUGUAGUAGGUUAUGUGCUACUCAAGAGGAAUGUAUUUUCUCUGUGGAAUGGAUUUCUUAUGAUUUAAAACGCAUCCCUGGCUCUCCUUGAAAUGGAGACCCACUAGAAUUUGGUGUACAGUGAAUAUCAUCAUACUCUUCUAAUAGAUGGUAUCCACAAUUCUGAAAUUAUAAAUAAAUUAUUUUUUUGUGAUGUCAUCGCUUUAGUACAAGUUUUGUGAAGCAUAUUCUCAAGUUAUAUUAUUUUGUGUGAUGAUAGAUAAGACUUUCUGAAUGGAAGAAAUCUGCUUUGCCAAAUUCAUUUAGACAAGGAGGGUGUUGUAAGAAUUACUUUUCAAUCAAUUAAAAUUUUCAUCUGCAAUCCAUAGAUCUCUCUUUACUGUAGCAUAUAAUGUAUGAUAUAUGCAGACAGAAAGACCGAAAAUUGAUAGCAAAUAUGCAAGAUUUGAGACUUGUGAAUAAUUUUGGACCUAAUGUUGACUUGCGAUCUAUGUCAGGUUUCAUUUAACAACCCUUUUUGAACUGUGCCAUGUGACUUGUUAUGUUUAUAUUUGUGUACUUGUAUAAUUAAUUGUAUUAAAAGGGAAGAGUAUGAUGUUUAUAGAAGAUUAUAUGACACCUAGAUAGAUCCUUGUAACUUGAUUGGUUGUUUGAUAUCGUUCAUUCAGCCCAUUUUGCAAUGAUGUCAUCAACCGUGCAAUUUUUGAUCCAUUCAUCAUGCAAUUUUGUCCAUUGCACUCACGCACUGAGACUGCAGCUCAUGCACCAGCAGUGCACAUGUUGUAAUGACGUAACAAUAAACAGACCGAACUUGCACGGCAUGAGCAUUUUUUGCAUUGAAAUUCAUUUGAAAAAAAAAAAUUUAGGUGUCAUAUAAACCAAAUAAUUUUUUUUUUUUUCAUUCAUGCAAUGGAUCAUUAUUUCAUCUUUCACCUCAUGAAGUAUUCUUUCCAUUGUACUCAUAAACAUUUAUUAUUUGUAUAAUGAACAGUCAACUAGUAUUUACACAGCAGACAAAUCUGUAGAUAAAUUAUUUAUGGUUCUUUGGUAAUAGAGCCUUUGAUAUGCAUGAAUAUUCACUGCCAAAGUGAUCAAGUUGCUUUAGUGAUCUUUUCUUGUUUCGGAAACAUCUUGCAAAAGGCAAACAAAUUGUCGGAACACAAACCAAGAGCUACUACACAAAGGCCCGAAUUCAUAAAGACGGUUUUGAAAACCAUAGGUUGAACCCAUGAUUUGUUCAGAUUUCCUGUAUAAAUUAUGCCUAUUUACUGUAUAUAUUAAGUGUCCAAUGCUGAUUGCUGAUGCACGCUUUUUGCGAAAUUGAAGCCUGUUGCCAUGGUUAAGUAUGCUAUAUUAUUCAUUAGUCCACUUUUCAAACAGUGGACUCGUGAAUGAAAUAGCAUAAAUAACCAUGGCAACAGGCUUAAAGUGGCGAGCUGUGGCAAAGCAUGCAUCAGCAUUGGACACUGUUUAAUAUACGCGGUAAAUAGGCAUAAUUUAUACAGGAAAUCCACAUAAACCAUGGGUUUAACGUAUGGUUUUCAAAACCACCUUUGUGAAUUCAGGCCAAAGGCUCUUCAGAUCUGGCAAGACAAAUCGGGUGUUGCAAGAAAUAUUUGCAAUCAAAUGGAAGUUUCCGUUUACAAAUCUACAAUCAAUAGAUCAAAUCUAGCUAUUAGUCUUUAGUAUUGCAAAUUGAUUUGAAGGCUAAUGAUUCAUUUUGGGACCCUGAAUUGACUUGCGAUCGAUUGCAAGUGUCUAACAAUACCCCAUAAUGCCCCAUAUUUUCAAUCACAUUGUGUAGAAAGUCACAGGAUAUUAGGUGACGAAAAAAGUAUCUUAGAGGCUGAGGACAUUCUUUUUGUGGCCAAGCUUCAAAAAGCUGUGUACCAAUCAAACUCUCUGAAAGUUAUCACAGAUUAUGAUGUCAUGAGUUACUCCGAACAACUUUGCACUGGUGUCAUAUUUAUUUGAAACUGAUAAUAGACUGGGGUCAUGUCUUAAUGCAAUAAGAAAAGCUGCUGUAUUUUUUGUUUGAUAAUUGAGCUUAGUUGUGGUUGUAAGAAAAUUGAUACAGUUUGUGCCCCCCCCCCUUUUAAUACAUUAAUAAUCAAUUCUACAAUUGAUCACAAUUUCAAGUCGAUGUCAAACCAUGUACAGGAAUUUACAAUUGAUUGAAAAUAUUUGUUUCUCAUGGCUUUUACCCCAUAGUGAAUGGGUGAUUUCAAGUUCAGUGUUGACCUUUUGGUGUUGUUGUUAGUUCUACUUUUACAUGAUUAUAGCACUAAACAUAAAUGAAGAUGGUCCCGAAAAGUCACUCACUAGUUGUUGAGAUGUCAAUAAUGAUCUGGAUCAGUUUUACAAACUCUGAAUAAGUUUUGGAGCAAUGUAAUUGCAACCAUCUAGUUCUCCAUUUCAUCAAUCCAUCCUUGACCACUAUUUUGCUUUCUGUAUAUAGCGUUUAUAACUCAAUAAAUUGAUGCAUUUCAUGUAAUUGAUCUUGUACUAUACAUGAUACAAUUACCUGGGAGUUAUGUGUACAUGUAUAAUGUUGAAAUUACAGAAAUUAUUUGUCUUAAAUAAAGUACUACUGUGAUUGCAUGUGUACAUUUUUAAUUAUGUGUGGUAAAAGGAUUAAGACAAAUUUUUGUUUGUGUAACAAUGGUUGGUUUUGCAAACAAAUACAUGCAGUUUGAGAAAAAAAGGUACAUCAUAAAUGUAGGGGGCCAAUAGUAUUUUAAAAUGUUAUAAACUGAUUCUGAAGGAUAUGUUUUUUGGUAAAAAUGCUUGAAUUUAUGAAACAAAUGCCUGUUGUUUUAGAAAGGGAAAAAAUGUCAAUGUACUUAGAAGGCAAAUGGUAUCUGAGAACAAAAUGUUAUAAAAUGUCAAGAUAUGUUUUCAAAUUUUAAUAGGUUACACACUAUACUUUUUGAAUCAGGGGGUUAAAUGUCUUUUUGUAGUUGUACAUCAUCUUGAAAUGCCAGAAAUACCUGAAAAACUGUCUUUUUUCAGAAACAGGCAUAAGACAUUCUGUAUUCAGACCCCCCAAAAUAAAAUAGAACGCCCAUGAAAAUCUUAAAGAGUGAGAAAGGAGUACAGAAAAGAAAGUGUUAAAUUUAACACAGGAACUCCCCUUUACAGGUAAAAAAAAAUAGCUAUGGGACUGAUGUGGAAAGGGUUGCAAUUGAAUGAAACAAAGGAAUCAAACGCAACUUGGUUUUCAACAUUUCAGAUGAGCUCAUUUCAGGGGAGCAAUUCAUGAACAUUUUUGUCAGACAAGUUGUCAGAUAAAACGUCUGACAAGUCCUUUCAUAAAACGCUUGCCUGAUUAACCUUUGAUUUUGUCAAUAG